AUGGCCGCGCAAACAAUUGCCGCAGCAUUCAUCGACGGUUGGGCACUCUCGAAAUUCCUGGGCAGCAAGAAGACCAGAACAUCUCCUUAUUAUUUAGCGUCAAACGGCCUGAUUGAGAGAUGGCACCGCACUCUUAAAACUGCGAUAACUUGCUACGAAGACGGAAGACAAUGGCUAGACCUUUUGCCUACAGUACUGCUAAGCCUGCGCACAUGUCUGAAAGAAGAUCUGAAAUGCUCUCCAGCUGAGUUAGUCCACGGCGCACCGCUGAGAGUACCCAGAGAAUUUCUAGAGAACCUAGAUCCGACAGACACGAAAACCUUCGUCAUGGCACUUCGUAAACGCAUACGACAACUCCGUCCACAACCAACGCAUUACUAUGGGAAACGGAGAGUCUUUCGACAACAACAACUAAAACAGGCCACACACGUUUUCGUCAGGAAAGACGGCAUUCGAAAACCACUCCAACAUCCUUACAUCGGACCACACGAAGUGAUACGCAGGAAAAAACAGGUUUACGUGAUCCACAUGAAUGGCCAUAAUGUAGCCCUAUCAACAGAAAGACUGAAACCCGCCUUCUUACACAACGCAGAAGAAGUGCCGGAAUCGCCACAAGAAGCCACAACAGAAAACAUGGCACAUUACACUAAAGAAAAAAUGUGA